AAAAAAAUAAAAGAUAAACCUUAAGGCAUUUCCCCUCUGGACCCUAGAUGUGAAGAUGUGAGAAAUAACCAAGGAAAUGUACUGUAGGAAUGUCGAGAAAAUAGAUGCACUCAUUAAUGAAAACAUCUGCAUCUUGAUUCACAUCUCAGUACAUUAGGCCCAAGCACGCCUGGCAGUGCAUUUUUCAUAUCUGUGUAUCUUUGCAUGAAAAGCCCAAGAGGAGGCAAAGACGCAUCAUUGCAAAGAGGAGAUGAGCGAUUGUCUUGCCAAGAGCUGAGACACUCUGUGAUGCUACGAUGGGAACAGAGAUGCCGUUUGUUAAUGUAGUACAUAUGUCAUCAAACAGUUGCCAGAUCAACAGCGUCAAAAUGAGCAGUGCCCUUUACUUUGCUGGUGAGGAUUUUCAAGUACUGUGUGGCCACUAAUUCUCGCUUUGUUGUUGUUGUUCUCGCUUUGUUGUUGUUGUUGUUGUUGUUGUUGUUUAGUCGUUUAGUCGUGUCCGACUCUUUGUGUCCCCAUGGACCAUAGCACACCAGGCACUCCUGUCUUCUCGCUUUAAAACUCCAUUUAUCACACACGUGUCCCUCAUUUCCGUGUGCAUCAGCUGGUGCCACUUUGUUCAAAGUUUGCAUCAAAGAUGUUCAUUUCGAAAUAGACACAUUCAAAGAAGCCAGUGCAAGUACCCCCUUCCCCAAACCCCACUGAACAUUUGCUUUGUUUGGGUGCUCUUUUCUUUCUUUAACUACUGUUUCUUGGCAUUCUUUUUAAGCUUCGUCCUUGCCCUCACUUGCCCUUGCUGCUGUUUAGUCUGUUUGGCAAUAACAACCUACCAGAUUUUCCAUAUGAGCGUAAAGUGGUGGGACCACGUUACUCAGAGUAUCGUCACAUCAUUGGCAGUGGCAGACCAUGUGAUUUUGUCAAUCGGAUGGGAUGAGAACAAAAGCAAGUGAGGCCAAGGACAGUGAGGGCAAAGAAGAAGAAAAAUGGUACCAAAGAGCAAGAGGAGGGUAGCGGGGUGACACAAGGGUGCUGAACAGCACUGCAAAAAUAUGUUAAAGAAGCCGGUACAAUGGUACCUCUGGUUACGAGCUUAAUUCGUUCUGGAGGUCCAUUCUUAACCUGAAACCGUUCUUAACCUGAGGUACCACUUUAGCUAAUGGGACCUCCCGCUGCCGCCGCGCCGCCAGUGCGCGAUUUCUGUUCUCAUCCUAAGGUAAAGUUCUUAACCUGAGGUACUACACCCGGGUUAGCGGAGUCUAUAACCCAAAGUGUUUGUAACCCGAGGUGUUUGUAACCCGAGGUACCACUGUAUGUGGUAAAUAAGUGUGUGUGUCUCUGUGUGUGUUGUUUGUUGUGCUUAUAAAUCAAAUCAUAAAAAAUAAAAGCAAGCUGGAAUGAAACCAAUGUAAGCUUGUAGUGUUGAUAUAAUCUCAGGUGGUUUCAGGCUCUAAGUAAGGUUGUGCACACUUUGCACGAAGCUCAGGGAUAACUUAUUUCUACACAUGUACAACUGUUUGUGUAACAGCUGUUCAUUAGCCGAGCCCAGCUAUUAUGCACACAGGUACACAGACAGGGCACGCGCUGAUCAUUACAUACAAAUUACUAUAUGAGUGUACAGCUACACUAUUUUUGUACACAUAUACAUAACCCUGAAUGUACCGCUGAACAACCCUUAUAUCUUGCCUACCCAAAUCUCCAUCAAUGCCAGCACCUUCCCCAAACUGCCAGCUUCCCAUUCUAGGUCUGAACCGCUACUCAGAACUCCCCAUGUCUGAGCCUCACUCUCAUGUGCCGCUGCUGAACACCCCCCCUCCACGCAUCCUCUUGUGUGCUAAAAUGACAGCCACCCAGUCCUGACAACGUCAUCCAGGUCUCUUUCCCUGCUGACCAAAGGCCACAGCUACUGCCACACGUUCCACACCCUUCCGCACAGGCUUCAGGUAGGGAUGGGCGAAUCUGCCAGUUUCAUAUUUUCUCAGUUUCUUAUAUUUCCAAUCUUAAAUUCAGUUGUUCAUGUUUCCAUAAGUUGCAAUAUUUUUUUAAAAAAGAAAACCUCAUGAAAAUCCACCAAUGCUUUAGUGCAAAUUUCUCCUGACACACACAUUUUUGUAUGCAGUUUUGCCUAAUGCACAAUUUUUUUGCAAAGCUGUUUCCCCUAAUACAAUGCACUUUUCACUACAGCUAUUUUCACUACAAUGUAAGUUGUUGUGCACAUUUACCCUAGUUUAUGCAUUUUUGUACACACCACUUGGCCUGGAGAACUGCACUGCAAAAUCUGGAGAAGUCUUAAUUUUGAAGGACAACUGUGUUUCAGUUUGUGUGUUGUUUCAGGAAGCGCAAAUUAGGUAGGUCCACCUUUAAAUAUGAACUGACUGAAAUUUCUUCCCCAUCCCUAACCCCAGACUGCAAAUCCCCCUCUCCUUGGCAUGAGGAUAAUAGGAAGCUGUCUUGUACAGAGUCAGACCGUUGGUCCAUCUAGCUCAGUAUGGUCUACACUGAGUGGCAAUGGCUCUCCAGGGAUUUCAGCAACCUUUCUCAGCCCUUCAUGGAGAUGCCAGGGGUUGAACUGUGGACUUUCUGCUCUACCCCUGAGCUACAGCCCUUCCCGAAAGUCAGGCAGUAGCUGUAGCAGGUAGCCCUUUGUCCUGCAAAGGGCAUGGCUUCCUUGUGAAAGAGGAUUCAACAGUUUGCCUGUGGAGCGUGAUAAGGGUGUUGCGAACCUCACAGGGGAUCCCAAAGGGACAGAAAGCCCCACUCUGGUCAUUGGCAAGGCAGUGCAGCUGGGGCAAAUGACUGGGGACAAGACUAUUGGGGAUGGAAGUCUUCUGGAAUUACCAGUGAGGGGAAGGAGUGAAUUAUUUCGGAAGAGUCCCUGGUGAGUCUUCUUCCUGCUAAUUGGGCCUCGCUUGCAGAUGCAGGCGUGGGUAUCAUUUCCGUGGCAGCCGGUCUCUCGGAAAGGAGAAACCAGGCAGAUUUGCCUACCUUCUGUCUGACCACCUGCAGAAAGCAGAAUCGUAGUUAAGAGCCGCCAUAUGGCUUUCUAAUGAAAACAUCACUUCCAAUAGAUUUGUUCUAGGAUAUAUGCAGCCUGCUCUGCAAGGAGGCAGGCUGGAUCAAAUCAAGAGCCACUAAUCUCCAGGCAGAGAGAAAGCGAGUUCUGAUUAAACGAGACUGACCUGUUGGCCCAGAACUAGAUAUUUCUGAGAUGGGGGGUUUCUUGAUUCCCAGCCUGCGUCUUAAAUGCAUCUGAGCCUCCUCGUAGGGAGGGCGGGAAGGUGGGGGAGCAUGGAUUGCAUUAUGCCAUGAAGUCCAUAUGAUCUCCCUCUAUGUGUAGCACAGAAUUACGUUUGAAGGUUGUAAGCCCUUGAAACCCCUGAGUCAAAUAUGCACACUUGGUUCACAUAUAUUGGCCCAACACUAAAUCAAAUCAGGGCUCAGUAUGAACGAGCAAGUUGGGUGUGUGCGUGCAAAAAUCACACUAACUCAGCUCCUCCCCUGGUCAAGCUGCUGCUGCUGCACCAGCUAGAGCUAAGCCAUGGUUUGUUUUAGUGCCAUGCGCAAACCAGAGCUUAUGGUUUGAUUUCUCCAGACAAAUGCAAACUGAAUAACAUUUCUCCCCUGUCCUUAUUCAGAAUAAACCAUACCAGGAAUAAUGGACCGACCUGAGCAGGUCCAGUGGUUACAAAAUGCCUGUUGUCAGAGUGUCUGUUGGAGGAAGGGAGAGAGGAAACCAGGAAAGAGGGGGAACGGAAUGGUGCACCCUUGAAGAGGGCAUGUCCGGCUGGUAGGCACCUUAAGCAGGCGCACUCCACCCUGCAAUGUUUUGUUGCAGAUUCCACCAGCUCUAUAAUGAAAACAAAAGCUCUAUAAUAAUAAUAAUAAUAAGAGCAAUUGUGAGAUUACACGUUCUUAUUUUUUUGAAGAAGGAAAUGGUUAUAGUUAACUAACACACAAUGAUACGAAAGCUAAUUUCAGUGUGCACUGUGUGUGUGUGCGCGCGCGCGUGCGUGUUCUAAAGUUGUAAAUCUUUGUGUAAGAAUAAGAGAGUUACACAUAUAUGAACGCCCCUAUUUUCUUAAGCGAAAUGUUAGAGGAUAUGCAACUUGUGAUUUACACAGUUAACACAAGCUUUCUGGCUGGUAAGAGCUCCAGGUUAUUUUAAUCAUAAGCACCGAGUCAGUGUUUACAGAUGAGCAGAAGCUCAUCUGCUUCAUUGUAAAGUUAAAAAGCAAAGUGUGAAAUGCAUUGGGAAUAAAGGAUACAGGAUUUCUGGACAGCUGUUUUUAAACUUAUCUUACAUGCCUUUUGCAGCUGUUUGCUCCCCCUUGUUGGAUUGAUUCAGUAUUAUUAUCCCUUCUGUGUAUUUGGAGAGGCUGAAACUGAGAUAACAGUGGGUUGUCUAUCCUACAACCAUCCACUGAGUUUGUGGCUAAGGCCAGAUCUGUAUUCACAGCAGAGUGAGAGGGUAGAGCCCUGCUUUGUAAAGCAGAUACCAUUUUUAAUGCUCUCUCAUAAUGUAUGAUAAACAAAUAAUUUCCCUGCAAGUACGGUAGAUAACUAGUCUAGCACAUCUGGAAGAAAGAUUCUAGUCCAGUCCUUCUCCUUCUCCUGUCCUAGGAUUUAUUUAUUUUUUACAUGCAGGGUAAAUGUUCUAUUUCUGCACUCUGAAGUGGUACAGACAGUUCUGCCACGUUAGGACUCUACUAUCUCAUUCUCCUGCUUGUGUAGAUCCAGCUUUGUUUGAUAGGACCUGGAUUAAAAGAGCUGGUAGGGUUUGGGCAGGGACCCUGAUGAGGGAUGCUCAAGAGCCCCACACAUCUCCUGACCUACGAAUAGGGAUGUAAGAAAACAGGGACGGGUCACUUGUUACCCAAAGGCUUCCAGAGGUAGGCAUAGCAGAUGUAAACUGUACCAUAAAAUCAGAACGAAACAAACCCCAUAACAGCCACAGGGCAUUUUGGCAACACUAGUAACAAUGCAACAUAAUCUUUAUCAUAAACCUGAGACUGAAACUAUGUGAAUGAAGGUGCCAGGUGCAUCUUACAGGGGAGAGCCUUUCAUAGAUGGGGAGCCACAACUGAAAGGGCCCUCUCCCUUGUCACUACCCUCCAGGACCUGAGAGGAAGAUUCAAGGGCCUGGGUAUGUUUCAUACUGAGAUAAAGGUACCUUUUUACCUAUACUGGGAUAGACAUUCUGGAAGAUUUUGGGUUCCUGAGCUGUAAAGAGCUUUAUACAUAAAAAACCCCCAGCACUUUGAACUGAGCUUGGAAACAUACAAGCAGCCAUUGUAGUUGCAACAGAAUUGGUGUUAUAUGAUCUGUUCAUGUUGAAUUGCACUAAAUUGGAGCUUCUGAACAAUGCAGAGUUCAGCCAAAAACUUCAUUGUUUGUCUUGCUCACUGCUAUUUAACACAAGUUAUGUAACUACCUUGAAAGCAAAGGAAACAUCCAAGCAGCAUGAAAAAUGCCAUUAAUUACAAAUCUUUUGUGGACCUGACCAAAAAAACAGUGUGAACGAAUGCCAGUCAUAUUCCUUUCUCCGAUUUCCAUUUUUGACCACAUAUGAACAUGCAACCUACUGCAAUUUCCACUUCCUUUUCUGUUUUCAAUAUAACUGUCUGAUGUCCCCUACCCACAACGCCUGGGGUCUCUUCUGCCAUCAUUUUUUUUCACAUGAUGAGGCAGCCAUGCAGAAAAUGUGAAUAUUCCCAAACCGGAUAUGCGUCACUUUGCAAUAUCUCUGUCCUGUGAAAAACCGACCAAAUUAGCUUUUCUAAGCAGUCUGAAGUCAUGCCAGGUUACCGUAAUCGAGUUUUAACUGGCUUUUGCAGCUUAAAGGCUCCUACAGAACCACAAUAUCUGUAUAUUUCUUUGCACAUGUGACACACAAAUUAUUUCCUAACUUGGAAAAACAGGUUUCCUCUGUUGUUAGACACAACCUUUGAGGUGUGGUGAGGUUGUCCACAUACUCUGCAGCAUCUCACAGGUGGAAAAUGGGGAUACUUCUUUCUUCUUAAUGCUUCUAUUCACAUACCCAUGAGAUCCUUCCUAUCAUAGAACACAUUGAUGCACAUUCCUCUUCCAUCUUUUAUUCCAGGGAUAAGGAACCCUUUUCAGCAUGAGGGCCGCAUCUCUCAGAGAGAACCUUCUGGGGGCCGCAUUCCAGGGGUUUGACUACCAGGAACUUUUGCACAAUUCCACCUUCUGCAUCAUUCCCCGAGGGAGACGCUUGGGGUCCUUCCGGUUUCUAGAAGCACUACAGGCCGCCUGCAUCCCGGUGCUGCUCAGCAACGGCUGGGAGCUGCCAUUUUCAGAGGUGAUCGACUGGAGCAAAUCAGCCAUCGUCGGGGAUGAGAGGCUCCUGCUGCAGAUUCCAUCUACAGUCCGAUGUCUCCACAGCGACAAGAUCCUGGCCUUCCAGCAGCAGACCCAGUUCCUGUGGGAAGCAUACUUCUCCUCUGUGGAGAAGAUUGUGCAAACCACCCUUGAGAUCAUAAAGGAUCGGAUAUUUCAUCAGGAAUCCCGCCCAAAGUUCUUCUGGAACGCCCUUCCAGGAGGGCUGCUGGCACUGCCAGAAUACUCCACUCACCUCAAUGACUUCCCUUUCUACUAUCUGCAACAUGGAUCCAGCCCCUCCAACAAAUUUACAGCAUUCAUCCGUGCUGUCUCGCCUAUUGUCUCCCUUUCUCAGCCCAUCCUCAAGCUCAUCCAAGCUGUCUCCGGGUCCCAGUACUGCGCCCAGAUUUUAGUUUUAUGGAGCUGUGAGAAGCCACCCCCACAGAGCAGUAAAUGGCCGCAGACGGCGGUACCUUUGACCAUCAUCCAAGGCAGCAGCAAGGUUAGUGACCGGUUUUUGCCUUACUCCGCCAUUGGGACAGAUGCGGUGCUGAGUCUGGAUGAACACACCAGCCUCUCAACCGGUGAGGUUGACUUUGCCUUUGUGGUGUGGAGAAGUUUCCCCGACCGGAUUGUAGGCUUCCCUAUGCGCAGCCACUUCUGGGAUGCCAGCAAGAACCAGUGGAGCUAUACUUCGAAAUGGACCAAUGAGUUCUCUAUGGUCCUCACCGCAGCUGCAUUCUACCACAGGUAUUAUCACAGCCUCUUCACCAAUUAUUUGCCUGCUAAACUAAGGAGCCUUGUUGAUCAGAUUGCCAACUGUGAAGAUAUACUGAUGAACUUCCUGGUUUCUGCUGUCACCAAGCUACCUCCCAUCAAAGUGACCCAGAAGAAGCAGCACAGAGAGAGUCCCUCGCAGCAGCUGUUGAAGAGCGCUCCCCCAUCCAAUGGGAACCUUCAUUUCUCUCAGCGCCAGGAGUGUGUCAAUCAGUUUGCAGCCUGGUUUGGGUACAUGCCUCUGGUGCAUUCCCAGUUCCGCCUGGACCCUGUGCUCUUCAAGGACCAGGUGUCCGUGCUACGGAAAAAGUACCGACAUCUAGAGAGAGCCUAGCUCCAGAGAGAGCAGGAGGAGACCUCUUCCCUCUGGGAGAAGAAAUGGUGCAGAAGGAGCACUGGCAGACUCAGCCCUCCCCAUAUUGGACACUGGGAGUACCUGCAGUGCUGUGGCACACAGGUGGGUUGCUGAGCUGGGGCCUAUUCCAUCAGUAGCAUUGCAAGGAAGGAGACUACAGACCCCCAGAGCCUUCUAACUUUCGAUACUGAAAGGAGGAAUGCUCUCGUCUUGCUGGUAGCUGUGGAGAUGCCAGAUGAAUUUUCAGUCUUUAUUGGGUUUUACCAGUACAAAUAAAGGUUUGCAGGAAUUGGCUCUGUCUCUCCCUGGUUGUUUUUAACAGGACGGUUUUUUCAUUGUCUUUACUUCAGCUAGAAUUGUCAGCAUUUUUUUCUGACGUAACCUCAGCAGCUCGGAAUUUAUUUGCCUGAUCUACUAUGUCACCCAGCUGCUAAUAUGCCAGAAUUACAGGAGGAUACGCCAUAAAUAUAUAUCACCUCUGUUCAAUUUCUUUGUUAUUUCCUGCUUUCCAGCAGAUGCAGUUUUAAAAUGAAUGAAUGGAUGGAUGGAUGAUACUGGGAGGGUGGGGUGGAAGCACUCUGCACAUGCUCAAAGCAAUGUGUUCUUGCAUUGGUUUUUUUCUGUCCCCUGGUUUUUGAAUUGGAGGAAAAGGUUGGGGGUCCUAUCAUGAAAUAUGCUAGCUCCACCCUUUGAUUCAUGCACUGUUAGCCAGUGGAGGCUGGUGAAUCAGGGCAAAUGGGGCAGUGCCUUAGUCCAGCCUUAGUCUGCCUUCAGCACCUGCCUGCCUUUCUACUUAUAUCCAGUCCAGGGUGCAAAACUGCAUGUCACCUUCCUCCUCCUUAGUCUCAAUGUUGAUCUUUCAGUCAGCUCUCAGAAGGAAGCAGGAUAUGGACAAAAGUACAAUUAGUGGGCUCUGGCGCCACCUACUGUUUGGCUCUCUGCAUUCAAGCCUUGUUGGUCCCAAUGGAAACCAGCCACCACUGGUUUUAGCCAAAUCUUUUGCGUCUGUGGUAGCUGUCUAAAAACAGUGAUUAAGGGACCCUCAGAAAAGGUAAGGGGAUUGGGAGGACCCUUUGUUCUUCUGUGAUUUGAGAAGUAGUAUGUUUAUUUGUUUUAAACUGCUUACUAUUGGAAAGGUAGGGUUGCCCUACGUCUGGAAUUUCCCAGACAUUGAAGUCAGAAGCAGUGUCCGAGCAGAAAUCGCUGAAAUGUGCGGGAAAAUCUGGACAUAUGGCAAUUGAUGUUGGAAGUCUGGUGAAUUUUCUUUAAAAUAGCUCAGAUUUAACAAAACAACAACAACAACCCAGCAACUUUGUGUCCAGAUUUUCACUUUUUGAAAUAUGGCAACCCUACGAAAGGAAAAGCACUUAUUUGUCCUUAAAACCUCUCUCUCUCUCUCUCUCUCUCUCUCUCUCUCUCUCUCUCUCUCUCUCUCUCUCUCCUGAGCAGGUAAAAUGUACUUUGCGUAUGUUCAGAGGUGCUAAUUUUUGGAAAUGAAUGAAUGAAUGGGUGGCAAUGCAUAACAAGGCCUCUCUUUUUGCCUUCGAAAACAAGCAGGUGAAAAUUCAGUAGUUGAAGUAUUUCCCAGCAUGCAGUUGCAGUGAGAAGAUAUUCCACCUGCUAAAUUUCUGCUUAUUAUCAAAGACAAGAGAUUGGAUGCAGGGCAGAUGGGAUAGAUUUUUAGCAGGAUAGAUUUCUCAUUUUGUCCUCACUGUUUGCAGCAGACCUUUGCUGCUGCUGCUGCUUUUUAGCAAUAACAAGCAAGCAAGUGGAGAGAAAGAGGAAAUUUUGCAAACAUCAGUAUCUGGGGGUUAUGUAAUCUGGUUCCUCCUUUGGGUUCCUGUUGUCAGAGGCAGCAAGAGGAAGUGAAGAGACUUGCACGAGAGGCAGCAGGGGAGGAGGCAGACAGACCUGGGAAGUGUGGUUGUCAACUUUCCAACCAGCUCUUGUAGUUGUCCAUUUUAGCAGCAAUCUUCCAGGUGCCUUCCAGGUGCUUUGGAAUCCAGCUCCCAUCAACCCAAGCCACCAUGGCUAAUGGCCAGGGAUGAUGGGAGUUGUAGUCCAACAUCUGGUGGGCACUAGGGUUGGGGAAAGCUGAUCUGCAGGAACGAGCUGCCCAGUUGCUGCUGAACUUCAGUUUCCAUCAGCACCAGCAAACAUGGCCAGUUGCCAGGGAUGAUGGCAAUUGCAGUUCAUCGACAUCCUGGCAGGGGUAACUGCUCCUCACAGCUUAAGCAGGCACUAGGUGCAAUUAAAAAGCUUUGGCUGUGGGCUUCUGGAGCUCAAACAGGAACAGGAGAGGCUGGCUUCCGCCCCCGCCCCCCAAGCCAAUUGACAACCCCAGUGACCCACUAGGGAUGUCAAUCCAGGAUACAGUUCUCCUGCACAAUCCCCAUUGAACCACUGCUUUGGAUGAGGCUAGCACAGAACUUCCAUGCUAACUAGCGGGGAAAGGUCUUAGCAGUAGAGCAUCUCCUUGUAUGCAGAAAGUCCCAGGUUCAAUCCCUGGCAUCUCCAGGUCAGGCUGGGAGAGAGACUCCUGCAUCAAACUCCAGAAGGCUGCUGCCGGUCAGUGCAGACAGUAAUGAGCUAGGUGGACUAAUGAUUUGACUCUGUGAAAGACAGCUUCCUGUGUUCCUAUCCAUUAUUUGGACGCUCUACCUGGGGCAUUAACAUGUCUCAUGCCAGCCCAGCCCUCCCUAUUCCACCUAAAUCUGAUUUGUAUGGCAGUGAAAUUUUCAAGCUGGGAGGUGGCAAUUGGCUAAAGAGCAUCUACUCAGUUGCAUAAUUUGCAAGCAAUUGAUUUGGUCCAGGUCCCUGUUGCAAAAUGCAGUAGAUAAAAUGAGACUUGGGGGAGGAGGGGCAGAGGUAAGAAGCUGCUGUUAUGUCUGCCAAAAGACUACUGGGGUUUUUUAAGGGUGGGAUUUGUGGUUAAUAUUCUCCUGGUAAAAGGCUGUGAAAAAUGAGACGCUUAUAAAGACAGGGAUGAAGCCUAGGGAGGAGAAAGGAGCCAUAAAUAAUUCCUUAGCAUGAGUGUUUCCUGGUGGGGGUUUUGCAACGUUUCCCACAUCCGUGUGUUUCAUUCCUUUUAGAAUUUUCAACUGGCAGAAUCCACUCUUUCAUGAUUAGGUAUUACAGUGGGGAAGAUUAGACCUAGGGCCAUUUAUGCUUUUUUAAAGAAAUUGGGGCUGCCACUUGGUUAUAGGGAUUUGUAGCUGGUGUUUCCACAAAUGCUCAUGCUAAUAGGUUGCAGAUUUAGAAUUAAAACCACCUUUUUUUCCUAGGAGAGUAAAAGAAGAAACACAGGUUUUUAACAAAUAAAGGUUUCCAAAGCAUUAAACAAUGCAAAAGAUAAUAAUGACAGUCUGCAUAAUUACUUUUAGCAGUCAUCCUUUUCUUUUUUCCAUUGCUUUGAGAGUAAAGGCCAAACAAUAUGGAGGUAGAGUGCACCUAUUGCUGUAGGAUUUACUUAUUUAUUUAAUCUGUAUACUGCCCUUCAUCUGAAGAUCACAUUACAGUUCACAACACAAAAAGGACAGUUGGUUUGAAUACCAAAUGCUCCUUUAAAGGUAAAGGUAAAGGGACCCCUGACCAUUAAGUCCAGUCACGGACGACUCUGGGGUUGUGGCGCUCAUCUUGCUCUAUUGGCCGAGGGAGCCGGCGUACAGCUUCCAGGUCAUGUGGCCUGCAUGACAAAGCCACUUCUGGUGAACCAGAGCAGCACACGGAAACGCCGUUUACCUUCCCGCCGGAGCGGUACCUAUUUAUCUACUUGCACUUUGACGUGCUUUCGAACUGCAGGAGCCGGGACCGAACAACGGGAGCUCACCCCCUGGUGGGGAUUCGAACCGCCGACCUUCUGAUCAGCAAGCCCUAGGCUUUGUGGUUUAACCAACAGUGCCACCCACAUCCCUUAAAUGCUCCUAUACUCUGGUUUCUCUUCAGAUCGUAUAAAUCUUUCGCCUUAAAUGCUCCUUUAGCUUAGCCCAAACACUACAAAUUUAUGUACCACAUGAGCCCAAAUUCUGCAUCAAGAAAAGCUAAAAUCAGCAGUCUCUCUUAAUCAUUCUGAUGAAGCUCUCUGAUAGCACCUAAGAAGAAAGGUAGGGGCCAGUUAGGCAUCAUGGAAAAAGGAGGAUGCAC